AUGGCGGCAGAUCAGUCUCGACCUGUGUCGCAGAAAAUCCCAGCCGGGUUGGCUACAGUAUUGAAUGCCCCCGAGGAUAAUCGCGACUCAGCCUAUUAUUCAAGCACAGAUGCGUCUAGCAAGCAUACUUCUGUGGUCUCGGGCAUAGGUAUCAAUGUAUAUCACUCCGUCCAUGACAAGACUCCUUCUCCGACCACCACGAACCUAGUCCCACAGCCAAUAAUAACUCCCGCGAGUAACAUGAGCGUGGCGUCGAUGGUGUCGCCGACGACACCAGGUAGUGGGCGCUUUGAUCGGCCGCAGUCUUUCGAUUCUAUACCCGGUAGCAUGUCUUUAGGUGCAGCAAGUGUCGGGCCGGAUUCACGACGGGAAAGUGUUGAUAGCAGAAUUAACCAGGGGUUCGGCGAUUUGAGAUUGGGUGGUUCUCCUUACGCGAGUCAGAAUCACUCUACGACUUCGUUUCAUGGAAGUAUGGUGCAGCAACGCAACUCCCGCGCGGGAAUGGAGCAUCUCGCGGUGCACAGGAUAUCUAAUGGAUACCAGCCCAAUGUCGAACGCACACCUAACGAUCAACAUCUAAAAACAACUAAAACCGCACCGGCUAUCACUGGUCCUGCCACAAGCACGAUUGCUAGGGCAGCGGAACCAACGAAAGGCCAAGCUUGGGCAUUUCCUGAGGAGGAGAUUCAGCGCAUGCCCUCUACGGUUGGUAACCAUACAUUUUUCGAUUCCAGGAGGAGUAGUAUUUCGGAAUCGAUUGCGAGUAGCCAAUUUACGACCGAGUCACGGUUACCACCUGGGCAGCGCCGCCUGGACGAUGGUAUAGCCCCGGAUUUCCAAACUAUUCACCACCACACGCUUCAACACAAGCAACUCUCAGAUCUUCAUAGUGAAGAGUCUAGCCCGCACAGUGGCAAUCAACCGUAUAGUCGAACACCUGAGCUUCGGGAAAGUCACAAGCUAGCGGAACGGAAGCGGAGAACAGAGAUGAAGGAAUUGUUUGAUCAACUUCGCGAUUUGAUGCCACAGGAACGAGGGUCGAAAGCAUCCAAGUGGGAGAUUCUAACGAAAGCUAUUGCCGAGCAUCAGAAACAGGGCGAGGCUCUUAAGAGUAUUACAAAUCAUUGCCAAACCGCUAUGCAAGAAGCGGAAAUGUUACGCCGUGAAAUUGAUAGGUUGCGCAUGGAGAACGCGCAGCUUCGAGGAAGUAUUCCAAUACCACCAGGCCAAGGCCCGCCAAAUACUGCAAUGCCCUCACAGCCGUCUGCAGAUCCCUACGGUCAGGACCUGUACGGCAGAGCCCCCCGCCCGGAGCUACCACCCUUACGAGCCUUGAGCAACAACAUUCCUAACAAUCCAGAUUCCAUGACAGGUGUCCAAUAUGAUUCGCAAAGGCCACCUAAUGGAUAUCGCCAAGAUUCUCACCACCAAGAUCCUCGCCAAGCUGCUAGAGCAGCAUGCUCUUCAACCUUUGCCGUCGCUGCCCCGCGCCAGCAGAUUGCUUCUUUUGCCAUGCAGAUCUGCAAGGCGAAUGCGCAGCCGGCUACUCUCAUGCCUCUAGCUCGUUAUUUCUCCCAGACAUCGCGGGUGGCCCAAGAUGAGAGUGAGCGGGCUGCUGUAGAAGAGGCUAUCGAAUCUGCUGGACAGACCGGGUCUACGGCCAACCAGGAUCCAGAGGACCUUUCCAAUAAGAUCUUCGUCAGGAACCUUCCCUACGAGGCUACUGAUGAUCUUGUUAAGGAGGCGUUUGAUAAGUAUGGAGAUAUCGUAGAUAUCCGCAUAGGCCGUGACCCCUCAGGCGCCAGUAAAGGCUACGGUUUCAUUACCUUCUCAAACUCGGAGUCAGCAAGCCGCGCCAUUGAGGAAGCAGACAACUCGUUUUGGCAGGGUCGUCGCCUCUUUGUUCAGCCCAGAACAUCGCCUUCUGGUCCGCGAACUACAACAAAGAUUCCGGAACAACCGACGUCGUCGCUAUACAUCGGUAACAUCCCAUACGAAACGUCCGAUGCCGAUCUGAACAACAUCUUCCGGGAUCUGGAAAAUGUUGUUAAUGUGCGCGUAGCCGUGGACCGCAACACUGGCUGGCCUCGCGGCUUCGCCCACGCUGAUUUCAAGGACCUUGAGAGCGCACAAGCGGCAUACGAUAAGCUCCUGAACUUUAAGCUAGGAGAGCGAACUCUGCGCAUUGACUACGCGAGCAGUCCGAAAACCGAUCGACCUCGAUCUACCCGAAACCGAGACCCGCGCAACUAG